AUGUUUGGUAUAUUAGUCAGAAAGGCCUUUCAGUCCAUUUCACCUUUUCGUUGUACUAAGCAGCCACAUUUAGUAUCUUACGCUACUCUCAACCAAGUAAUUCGUGGUAUGCGUAAGACGAAACGUAAGCUCUCAAAAUCUCCUGCAUUAGAAGGAUGUUAUCAAAAAAAAGGAGUUUGCAGUAAAGUUUACACAACGAAACCCAAGAAGCCUAAUUCUGCUGUACGCAAAGUUGCUCGUGUUAAAUUAUCUACUGGUAAACUUGUCACCGCUUACAUACCCGGCGAAGGACAUAAUUUGGCGCUUUGGAUUUUGCAGGAGUUCCGAAUCGGUCAACUUCUCGUUCAAAAUAUGGAACUAAAAAACCUAAAGCUGCCACAAAAUAAUCUA